AUGGUUGGAUAUCCUGGACAAGAUUCUGAUGUACCCAAGACUCUUUUGGAGUCUUUACAUUCUCAACCGUUGAAUUAUCUGGUACCUAAGGGAAUAUUAUCAUCAUGCAUUACUUCCCAAAUAUCUAUUUCUUUACCAAUUAGUAAUAAUGCAUAUGAAUCGUUGUCGGCUGAAGCCAAAGAAGAGCUUGAUAGAGACUCAAUUUUAGAUAGCUUUUCGAAAAUCAAUGACAUAGAAGAAAUUCAAUUUAGGAGACCUGAUCAUCUUAAGAUACGUUCCGAUUCAAAGCAAGAUAUGAAUAAUAAUAAUAGGGAAUUUUUUGAUGACCUUUCACCUUUGGCAAAAUCUUUAAUUGAAAGAGAGAAUUUAUCUAUAACAACCAACCAAAUUCAAAACUUCAGUGUAAAGUCAGUAAAUGGUUUAAAACAUAAAUUAGAUGUAGAUGAUGAUAUUUCAGCAAUCUUUGAAGGUUCAACUGAGGUAAAACGUGCUAAAAUCUCAACAAAUAUUUCAUUAAAUCAAGGAGAGAUUUUACAACAGAACAUAAGAGAAUUGAAAAUGAUGAUUGAUAUCUUAAAUUCAACUUCUGAAGGAAAUACAGAAAAUAACGAGUAUUUGAUAAAACUAUCAAGUGAAACUUUUUUAUUAAAUGAAAAAUAUCUUUCUAAAUUGCAUAUAAUCAUUAAGAAUUUUUUGGGUUCAUCAAAUAUUUCUAGCAAAUUAGAAAUUAAUGAUCUUAGAAGAAUAAUAGAGUCGCUUAUUGACAAUAUAGAAACUGUGAAACAGUUACAAGGUGAAGAAGAAUUACCAUUACCAUAUGAUACCUUAAAGAAAUUAGCAUACGAAACAACAACAUUAAUAUUUUUGAUUUUCCAACUAGAUAAAAAUACAAAUGGAUUAUACAUUGAAAAAUAUGUCCUUGUCCCUGUGCAAUUUAUUGGUGACCGUAUAUUUGAUAUAAAUAGUAAUGAUGAAUCUGGUCAAAUUUCGUUAGAUGAGCUAUCUCUUCUUAGUGAUGCAAUUGUUCACUUACCAGAUUAUAUUGUACAACAUCCUUACUUGGAUGAAUCAAUCAUAACUAAAAUAACAUAUAUAUUUUCUGAGUUGGUUAUGUGUGAUAACUUCGAUGUUGCAAACAUAAAGUAUCAACAUUAUUGGGAAAAUAUUAAAUUAUCAAGCAUAAAUAUACUCGUGGCCCUAUUCAGAACAGUUCCUGAUCAGAGAAUAUUCAUUAUUGAAGAUAUUUUAUCACAUGUCGAUAAAUUACCAUCUAAAAGAAUUCAGAAGAAACUAAAAAGGAUAUAUGCUGGUGUAUAUUUAAAUGAAUUUACAAUUCUAAUAAUGACAAUGUUACAAUCUUUACAACAGGAAUCUUUCAACCGUACUGAUAAAGAGUGGUCUCCUCAAUUUUUUAAGGAGUCUUUGGUAUCUUAUAAAGAAAGUUCAAUCAGUAUUUCGACAUAUAUCGAACACAUUCAUGAUACAUUGUUAGAAAAAUUGUAUGAAAACCCGCCAGGAUAUCGUCAUGUUCUAGACAAUUAUGUUCAAGAUUUAGUAUCAAUUCUUCCAUUUCCAUGUUGGUCAAUAUCGGAAGAUCUUCUCAGUUCAUUAAUGAAAAAGCUGCUUCUUAUGUUUGGUCCCAAUAAUCAGAAACAAGCUACAAUUGAAACCAUUGCAUUGCAAAUACUUGGAAAUAUUGGAUAUACUAUCUUUGACCUCAAAUGCUCAACGAAAGAGGAAGAUCAAAAUAGUUUGAUUAGAAUUUUUAAUAAUCCCGAGCUAUUACCAUUAUACAUUGCCCAUUUCCAUAACUGCUUAGAUACAGCAAAGCUAUAUUCCAAUACAGAUAUUGGCACAAAUUAUUUUUGGAAUAAAAUGAUUCAUACACUUACAAGGCUUCAAGAAUACGGCCAAGACAAUGAUAAUGAUAAUAAGGAUGAAGAUACAAAUCCGAUUAUACCAGAGGUUGUUCUAAAAGAACUAAAUGAUAAAAACAAUCAUUUAUUUCAAAACAAGGAAUAUUCAAAAGAGUUUUCCAAAAGCGAUUACUAUUCUAUUCUGCAUUCUUUUGAACUAAUGAACUUCUAUGAUCUAUACCUGAAAUUAGUAGUAUCAUUAUUAGAAAGAGAUAAGAUUAAAUUAAGAUCAACUGCAAUAAAGUGUUUAUCUAUGCUUGCUUCAAGAGAUCAAUCAAUCCUCUCAAGUUCUGCAGUGAAGGAAACUAUUGUGGGCAGAUUAUCAGACUCAUCGGCAUCUGUCAAAGAUGCAAUUCUCGAUUUAGUUAGUAUUGGAUCUGCUUCAUUGACAUUUUAUAGGCAAAUUAAUUACAACUAUGACGAUGAAAGUAUACUUGUUAGAAAACAUGUAUUAAAAAUUAAUGAAAGCAUUUACGAUACUACUGAUGAUAUAAAAAUCAAGAUUUAUGUUGCUUCAAGGGUGUUAUUAAAGAUAGAGGAUGAAGAAGAUGCAAUCAUUGACAUGUCUAGACAGAUUUUACUAAAAAGAUGGAUAUUAGAUAUUUCAAAUAAGAAACAUGAAAUCGAGAAACAAAAUGAAAUUUGUAAAGAAGUUCUUCAAGUAAUAUCAGAGGUUUCUAUUUUCAAUACUAAAUGUUCUGAGCUAUUUGAAUGGUUCUUCAAUUUUUAUUUACUUAACAAGGCCGAUCAUUCACCCAAUGCAUAUCAAAACAUAAUUGAUAGUUUGAAUAUUCUCACUGAACAUCUGGUACACGAAAUUGUAGAACUUCAAUUGAUUGAUUCUGAUAACGAUGAACUGGUAAAAAGAAGAAAGAAUUAUUUGAAUUUACUAUCAAAAUUUUCAGAUACGACAGUGACGUUUAUCACUAAGGAUCAUAUAACUUCCUUAUACCCAUAUGUAUUUAAUGAAACCAAAUCGGACUUUCAAUUUCAUGUUCUAUGUGUUUUCAAAGAUACACUUGGAAAGUUAGAUAACUUCAAACCCAAAUUUUUAUUUGAUUUGGAAACUGCAUUAUUAAGUCAGUUACCAAAAAUGUCAGUUAAAGAGACAGAAGAAGCUAUGCCAUUAAUUUGGAGUAUUGCUCAAAAACGUAAGGAUUAUUCAAGAGUUGCAAAGGCAUGCUCGUCAUGUUUUGGUCAUUUUAUUCCUUUUGUUAAUAAGGCAAACAAGAGUCCUGAAGAAAUAACUCCAGAUAGUAAAUUACAGAGGUUGAUAUAUUUGGCAACAGGGUUUGCUAGGUUUUGUAACUCUAAAGAUAUUACAGAAAGAAUAAAUUAUUUGCAAGCCAACGAAACACUUUAUGAAUAUGUAGCUAAAUGUUUGCUAGUUCUAUCGAAUAAGAAAAUUACACAUAUUGUACGGAGAGUUGCGAUUAAGAAUUUAACCAAAUUAUGUAGCAGUCAUCCAAAAUUGUUUAAUUCAAAACACAUAUUAUCUUUACUAGAUAAUGAAAUCAAAGAUGAUCAUUUAGACAUUAAGUUAGUCAUAAUUGAAAGUUUUUAUGAUUUCUUCAUUCAAGAAGAAAAAAAAUCAUUAAGACAGAUUGGUGUUAAUAGAUCAACUUCAAAAUUAAAGUUUGGUUCUAAGUUUUUGAUAGAGAAAGGAUCUGAUUCUUUAAGCGAAGGUGUCUGUUCUGCUCUUGCUUCUAGAUUUUUAAAAGAUGUUUUAAAAAUUUGUUUAUCUAAAGAGGUGAAAAAUUCAUUAGUUGCGUUUAGAUUAUUAAAGUCAAUGAUUCAGUUCGGUUAUGUUAAUCCUUCACAUUGUAUUCCUACAAUUAUUGGAUUGUUUGGAUCUAAUGAAGAAUAUAUUCGUCAAAUUGCAGCCAAGUCAUUGCACGACCUAUUCGAGAAAUAUGAAACGAUGGUUUUCAAUAGUGUUUCACAAGGUAUAAAAAUUGCAAUAGAAUAUUCACAAUCAUUAGGUAACGAAGAUUUAUUUGAUAAUUGUAAAUUUCUAUCUAGUCUUCAGCAUAUAAUCGGUUCGGGGAAAAAAGUGUCAAUGAGAUUUAUAAAGAAUUUAAUCAAGGCACUGAAUACAUAUAUUGGUAGUAUUAAUCAUGCAAAUACUGAUAUUGCAACAAGAAACGCAAUUGUAUUUCUAUGUUGUAACAUUGCAGAAUUAAAUUUCACCAGCAGUACAGAAUUGAUAACAUUAAUUAAAUCAAUUGAUAUUAUAUCUGAACAAUUGAGAGAAACUAUCGUGGAUGAAAUUACUGGAAGUAUUUCAAAGAUGCAACUUGAAGAACCAUUCAAAAAUUGCAUUUUUGCGGAGUUCAGUAUACAUCAAUUAACAGAAUAUGUUGGAGAUAAGUUUGGAAUCAAGUCAGAUAUAUUAUUGAUGGAUUCCACGGAAGAAGAAGAUUUGAAAUCCAAAAUCAUUUUGACACCAAAAGAAAACACCAAAGAAUAUGUAUCAAUAAUCAAGAAAGCUUUAAUUAGUGCCAAUAAGAAAACGUUCUACACAAAAUAUUUAAAGAUUAUUGAAGAUGAAGCAUAA